CCGGGCAGAGUCCAGGAGCCGCAGUUGGACCCAUGGCAGGGUCAGAGCCGGCUCCCGUCCGGCCCUGAGCCCCCCCAUGUAGGAGCCCUGGGGCGGCAGCCCAAGGCCCGGACCCAUCUACACCCGGCGGCCGGCUCGGCCCGCAAGGUCAAGAUGUGGCAAGCGGCCUCUUUGGGGGCACUGCUGCUGGUCUCCCGGCUGGUGCUGAGGUUGCCCUGGGCACAGGUCCUCUUAGGCCUCCUGGUCGCCUACCUAGGCUCCGGGGGCUGGCGGUUUGUCAGGGUCGUGGUGAAGACUAUAAGGCGGGAUGUCUUCGCCGGGACGGUCCUGCUGAAGGUGAAGCUGAAGGUGCGGCGCUACCUGCGAGAGCGCAAGACGGUGCCCGCCCUCUUCGCCUCCACGCUGCGGCGUCACCCGGACAAGACGGCCCUGAUCUUCGAGGGCACCGGGGCCCGCUGGACCUUCCGCCAGCUGGACGCCUACUCCAGCGCCGUGGGCAACCUGCUGUGGGCCCGGGGCCUGCGCCCGGGGGACGUGGCCGCCCUGUUCAUGGAGAACCGCAACGAGUACGUGGGGCUGUGGCUGGGCAUGGCCAAGCUGGGGGUGGAGGCCGCCCUCGUCAACACCAACCUGCGGCGCGAUGCCCUGCGCCACUGCCUCACCACCUCCCGCGCUCGCGUCCUCGUGUUCGGCGGCGAGCUGGCCCCCGCCGUCAUGGAGAUCCGUGACACCCUGGAGCCUUCCAUCAGCCUCUUCUGCUCUGGGGCCUGCGAGUCCGACCCCGUGCCCCCGGGCACAGAGCACCUGGACCCUUUGCUGGAGGAGGCCCCCAAGGACCUCCCCCGACCCUCAGAUAAAGGCUUUACAGAUAUCCUCUUCUACAUCUACACCUCGGGGACCACGGGGAUGCCCAAAGCCGCCAUUGUGGCCCACAGCAGGUACUACCGUAUGGCCGCCUUGGUUUACUACGGCUUCCGCAUGCGGCCGGACGAUAUCGUAUACGACUGCCUCCCCCUCUACCACUCGGCCGGGAACAUCGUGGGGCUCGGCCAGUGUCUGCUCCACGGGUUGACCGUGGUGAUCCGCAAGAAGUUCUCCGCCUCCCGCUUCUGGAGCGACUGCGUCAAAUACGACUGCACGAUCGUGCAGUACAUCGGGGAGAUCUGCCGCUACCUGCUCAACCAGCCGAGCCGGGACGCGGAACGGCAGCAUCGGGUGCGCAUGGCGCUGGGCAACGGGCUGCGCCCGUCCAUCUGGACCGAUUUCUCCAGCCGCUUCCACAUCGCCCAGGUGGCCGAGUUCUACGGGGCCACGGAGUGCAACUGCAGCCUGGGCAACUUCGACAGCCAGGUUGGGGCCUGUGGCUUCAACAGUCGCAUCCUGACCUCCGUCUACCCCAUCCGGCUGGUGCGAGUCAACGAGGAAACCAUGGAGCUCGUCCGGGGCUCCGACGGCCUCUGCAUCCCCUGCGAGCCAGGGGAGCCGGGCCAGCUGGUGGGCCGCAUCGUGCAGCACGACCCCCUGCGUCGCUUCGACGGCUACCUGAACCGGGGCGCCAACGACAAGAAGAUCGCCCGGGACGUCUUCAGGAAGGGGGACUCGGCCUACCUGACGGGCGACGUGCUGGUCAUGGACGAGCUGGGCUACCUGUACUUCCGGGACCGCACGGGGGACACGUUCCGGUGGAAGGGCGAGAACGUGUCCACGACGGAGGUGGAGGGGACGCUGAGCCGGCUGCUGGGCAUGGCCGACGUGGCGGUGUAUGGGGUGGAGGUGCCAGGUGCCGAGGGCCGGGCUGGCAUGGCCGCGGUGGCCGAUCCCGACAUCUCCUGUGACCUGGAGCGGUUUGCCCGGGCUCUGGAGAAGGAGCUGCCCGCGUACGCCCGGCCCAUCUUCCUGCGCUUCCUGCCCGAGGUCAACAAGACAGGGACCUACAAGUUCCAGAAGGCAGAUCUUCGACGGGAGUCCUUCAACCCGUCCGUGGUCAAGGAUCCCCUGUUCUACCUGAACGCUCACCUGGGCCGCUACCUGCCCCUGGACGCCGAGGCCUACGGACGCAUCCAGUCUGGGGAGCAGAAGCUGUGAUUUUUCUUUUUCCUCCCUCCCCCUCCCCACCCCCAAUCGGAUGGGGCUGGGGGGGGGUCACCGGACCGUGUCUGGGGCCCAGGCCCUAACGGCCAGAGCCCCCACCCCGGACCUUGGAGGCCGGUGCUAGACCAAAGCGGGCGCUGCCCGGGGCCAGGCCCCCCUGAAGCGCCGACCCCAGAGAUGCCCCCCGUCCCCCGUCCCACCCGCCUGCCCUCAGCCUCCAGCUCUGAGCCUGCCAACUAUCUUCACUGCCACCAGGGCUUUCUGUGAAAGCCUCGUGUGUGGGAGGGGGGCUGGGGGCAAGGAGGUUGGCAGGGCAGUGAGGGGCACAGGAGGAGAGGCCACAUUUUGGCAUGCCUGCCCUCCCCCCCGUCCCGUUUCACAGGGCAGCGAUUGAGUAAGCUUGCUCAGAAUGAUGUCACGAGGCUAGGGUGCUACAUCCAUCUCUCUAGGGGAUGGAGGGCCGGGGGUGGUGAGGAGAGUGGCGGGGCUCCAGAGGGCUUGAAGCACCCCCAGGGGGCUGCCCCCCUCCUUCUCCCCAGGCCUGUGUGCCACCACUCUGGGGGGUGACUCUGAGGGCAAGGAAGAUGCCAGCAGGCACCGUGGAGAGGCCAGGGGACUGGGCCCCGAGCAUCUGGGGCCAAGCUGUGGAGGAGACGGGGAGGCUCAGGUCACCUCGGCAGUUUUCCUCCGGGCUUGCUGGCGGGGAGUCCCGAGCUUGGGCCUGGUGGGUGGGGAGGGACAGAAUUUGGGGUUAGAGUAUGGGACGGGGAGAGAAAUGAU